AUGAUAAGGCUACAAGUAUAUAUUGUUCCUCCGAGCUCACGCCACCUUGGACUUCAGAAACAGAUUGCUGCAAAACAGAGCCUGGCGCCUAAUGCUUCAGGAGACACGCGAGAUGUUUCAGUGCUCGCUAGCCAGCAGGGGUUCUCGGACAACCAGCCCAGCGUCUUGAAUCUCAGUGGGUUUGAUCCAUGGCAGGAAAGCCACAGUCGCAGCAGCAGAUUUGCAGAGUUCGAGAUGCUGGGUAUGAGGAAAUUCCUCCAUAUAACGGUGAGAGAUGUCACACUAGAACAGUUAGCUGCCGAGAUCAAUGAGAGAUCUUGUAGAAUCUACCCCGAUCUCGACGAACUUGAUAUCUGGAAGAUUCAGGAUUCGAAGGGUUGCGAUUUGGAUUCCGAGUAUCUUGUUUGGCAAGUCUUUGAUAAUAAUGACUCGGCCAUAGUACUGACGCACAACGAACUGAGGCCGUCACCCCAUCGAUUCGAGCGCAGUGUAUCUGUCACGGAGACACAACGAAAGGAUCAGGAUUCUUCAAUUCCCGGACUCAUACACUUAAAUGUGGAGAAAACCAGAAGAAAGAGCUCUGUGAAGUCCUUUCCUGGUGAACUGACCAAUGGUUUCGAGGAUAAUAGCAACUCAGACGAUGUGCCCUUUUCGAGAAUCACGAACGGGAAUAGACUAUUACGCAAUGGGUUUAAAGACGGUGUUCUGGAUAUGUCGACGCCUGUGGGAAACUUCAAGAGUGUCCCACACUUUUCAGAAUCCAUAGCUUCCAGGGCCAACGGGGAGAUCCCAGAUCUACACAACUCUGAAAUUCCAGUGAAAAAGAACGGGAGCAGGCCCAAUGAAAAAUCCAGAAUAACUUCUGGUAUGCUUGCAGCGGAGCCUCAGCCAGAUUUGACGCUUGAGCUGGAAGCUGAGGAGGUUCCGCAAGGUGUGAGUGUUGCGUCAAAGGAGGACAUCACCAAGAAGGUCUUACCAGAUCUCUUGCCUACAGACAUCCCAUACGAAGAGAGUCCUUCUGAGAAUGGAUUAGUCACGGAAGAGAGCGGAGACGAUGUUUAUAUUAGUGCCCGCGAGGCCGAUGUUGAGCCCAGCUCACCCUCCGUGUCCAAGAAGAAAAGGCAGCUGAGCAAUGAAAAGGGCGAUUUUCUAGCUCCCAAAAGAGUUCAAUUGAGAUCAGUGACUCUUCAGAAAAACAGUAUACAGAGUUCUAUCCAGAAUGACGUUUCUAUUUCUGCUUCCCCCGAGGAGUCAGCCUCCCCUCUUCCUGCUCAGUCCCCAGAACCAAUCCAUAAUACGGAAGUCCUGAGCAACACCCCCGAAAAAAAAGAAAAUAAUCCAGAGCUGGAGAGUUUACUUCAAAAUGAUAUCAAAGAGGAACAAAGGGCAAGAGAAAGGGCAAUUGAGGUGGAAAAGAUGAUACUAAAGAUAUCCAAGGAGAACCCCGGACACCAUCUGCGUCGGUUCAUUCACCCAACUGCAGGUAUUGUUCUUGAUGAGAACUCGGGCGAAGAAAAUCCCGAGGAGUCUGCUCAAUUGACUCAAAUUGAUAAGGCGUCAAAGCCUGAAGUGUCACAACCUUCUGCUGCCGACGUAAACAGCUCUGGAAGCGACAGCGACAGCGCAGAGGACUCCGACAGUGAGGAAAAUUCAACCGACAGAAAUGAAGACACUCCGCUCAGAGUGCCUGUUGCUGUAUCGGCCCCGAAAACUAGAGGCAGCAAAAAUGCUGUUUCGAAAGCCAAACAAAAUAGUUCUCAGCUUCCACACGAGGAGGAUGAAUCUCUCAACCUGGUUGAUCCCUUACUUGUGCAAUCUCAGUCUGAAUCAACAACGCCGCAACAAAUACAACCACAGAGGAAAAAAUUAGCUUCAUUGCCCAGUUUGGAGGGAUUACGCAAACGCGGCGUGCCUACAGUUCGCGACUCAACGAACGAGUCACUGGCUAAUCUGACUCCUUCAUCUCAAAAGGUUGCCCCAACCAAACCCGUUUCUCCACAGACAGAUUCCUCAGAUUCAGACGAAUCAGAAAGUGACGAUGACGACAGCGAUUCUUCAGAUGAUUCUUCAGAUAAUGACGAGGCGUCUUCCAAAGAAGACUCAAAGUUCAUCGACCUAAAGAAAGCUAAACUAGCGCUACGCAAAACGAGGGCCAAGAAAAACUCUGGUUUUCAAGACCUUAUGAAAGAUGCAAAAAAAACAUGA